AUGCGUGAAACAAAUAACAUGUUUACGGGCGAUGAAUAUCAUUUCAGAUUUGGCAUUUGGAUGUCAAAUAAGAGAAGAAUUCAGGAACAUAAUCGAGCAAAUCUUGGAUUUACUCUUGCUCUUAACAAAUUUGCACAUAUGACAAAGUCCGAAUAUGAAAGUUUGCUUGGAACUACUAUGCCAAAUAGCUUUGGUAAAAACGGGAAAAAAGCCGAAAAAAUUAAUUCAGAUAUUUCUGAACAUGUUGAUUGGCGAGAAAAAAACGUUGUCAAUCCUAUCCAAAACCAAGGUGCCUGUGGUUCUUGCUGGGCAUUUUCCGCAAUUCAAGCUCAAGAAUCUGCUUAUGCUAUUAAAACGCAAGUUCUUCAAAAGCUAUCAGAGCAAUUCUGCGUAGAUUGUGUUGAUGCAAGUCACGGCUGCAAUGGUGGAUGGAUGGAUUACGUUUACGAUUGGGUUACCUAUAAUACACAUGGAAAAUACAUGUUAUUGUCAGAUUAUCCAUACAAAGGAGUUCAAGGUUCAUGCAUUUAUGAUAAAACUAAGCUCACUUCCCAUUUAGAAGGAUAUUACAAUGUUCCACGUCAGAAUGAAACAGCUUUAGCAGAAUACAUUGCUAACUACGGUCCUGCAGCUAUUGCUGUUAAUGCUUCUCCAUAUACUUUCACUUACUACUCAGGUGGAGUUUAUACAGAUUCAGCUUGCAUUGCAACCAUGUUAAACCACGGUGUUGGCUGUGUAGGAUUUGGCAAAGAAGGUGAUAAGAAGUACUGGAUUGUCAGAAACUCUUCCGGACCUGAAUGGGGUGAAAAAGGCUACAUAAGAAUAGGAAGAGAUAUGGGAAACCUUUGCGGUGUUUCUAGCGCAGCAUUUGUUCCAUAUGCUUAA